AUCAUCAUCAUCAAGUUUCAAAAUGGCUGCUCGUGACCGGAAAGUUUGCGGCGACUAAGAAUUCUCAGUCCCGAUAUUUUUCUUCAUAAUAUAACCCUUUCUUCUUCACGUAUCACCGGCUUAUCAAGCGCCGCCGUGACGUAAGUGCCUCCACAAUACACGGAGUGUUUUCAAAGCGACGGUAUCCUGCGCCCAAGCCCGGAGAUAAGAUUACGAAGAUGCACCAUCCCCCCGGAGCGCUUUGGACUCCUAAACAAAAUGAACGGUGAAUCCAGCUUCCCCCAGGCAUACGACGCCGAUGGCAGGACUCUCAAGGACACCCGGCCGCCCCGCAGUCUGCCGCAGUGCGAGGGUGAUCGGAAAUGGCACGUCCGCUGUCCUGAGCCACAUCCACAGCCGUAUCCACAGCCGGAUCUGCAGCCACAAGUCAUGUGGCCCAACCUGUGUCGUCUGAUACGCCCACCCGUCGUCCUUCCCUUCCUCCCGGGACGGGGCCCAGCGGCUAGCGGCAUCUGCUUGUCGGGUCCGCCAGCCUGGUUUGCGUCGCGCUGGGCAGCACCAGGUGUGGGGUCGAGGCCGCAUGCGAACGUGCCGAACCUCGCCAUGUCGGCCGACCCGGCGCCGACGUUGGACUCCGGUAGGAGCAGCACAGCGCCGAGCAAGCGCCCACCGCCAGACGGUGCGCUCGCCAACCUUGCCGACUCCAAGCAGAAGCGGCUCUCGGAAGAAGACCGGCGGAGCUGCGUGGCCGGAGGUGGCGGCGAGGACGCCGGCAACCACACGGAGCAGACAACGACGGACCGUUACGACCCCGUUGCCGCAGCCGGGGCGGUGCGCCAGAAACUCCGGCAGAGCCGUCGGUGGUGCUUGACGGACUGCGGCCGCCUGGACCAGAGCGGGGCCCGGACGCGGGAGCGGGGGGACCUGGAGUUCACGCUCAUGUCGUACAACCUGCUCGCCCAGACGCUGCUCGAGGACAACCUGUACCUGUACCAGCACUGCCCCGAACAGCUGCUCGACUGGCCCCUGCGCAGGGACAACCUGCUCGCCGAGCUGCGCCAGGCCGAUGCCGACAUCAUGUGCCUCCAGGAGCUCCAGGAAGACCACUACGAGCAGGUGUUCGAACCGGAGUUCAAGAGGCUCGGCUACGGCUGCCUGUACAAGCGGCGCACGGGCAACAAGCGAGACGGCUGCGGUGUCUUCUUCCGCCAGUCGCUGUUCGAGCUCGACCGCUACGAGCUGGUCGAGUUUGCGCGCACGGGGGUCACGGUGCUGGACCGCGACAACGUGGCCAUCGUGGCGCUGCUGAAGCCCCGCUCGGCGGACGGACACUUCAGCCCCGACUUCCGGCUGUGCGUGUCCACGACGCACCUGCUCUUCAACCCCCGUCGCGGAGACGUGAAGCUGGCGCAACUCUGCCUCCUCCUCGCGGAGAUCGACCGCCUGGCGGCACGCGGAGGUGCCGCCGCGGACGGGGCACCCCACUACUUCCCCGUGGUGCUGUGCGGGGACAUGAACAGCAGGCCGCACUCGCCGCUCUACCGCUUCGUGACGCGCGGAAGACUCAACUACGCUGGGCUGCUCUCCGGCGACGUCUCGGGCCAGAGCGAGGGCGCCAACCGCGGGAAGCUGAUCCCGCUGGACGAGUGCCUGUACCAGCUCAACAUUUCGGAGGGUUCGCGCUUCCACGACGCGACUCCUCCGCGAAAGACGGCUAACUCCGAUGCGGUGAUGGAAGACGCGGCGUCGAAGGCGGUGGAAGGCUCGGGCUGCGUGAGCCACGGAUUCGACUUCGUCUCGGCGUACCAGCACGCGAAGCAGGGAGGGGUCCCAGAAGUCACGACUCAUCAUCAGAGAGCGAGCUGCACGGUGGACUACAUUUUUUACACGGUGAAGAGGAGGUCGUCGGGAAAGGAUUCGGGGGUGGCGGAAGAGCGUCCACGCGUGGUGGAGGGACCGCUGAGGCUGUUGUCGACGUACGGUCUCAUGUCUUCUAAGGAACUGGCGGCGGUCCGCGGGCUGCCCAACGAAGUUCAGUCGUCGGAUCACCUUCCGCUCAUCGCGAGGUUUCUGUUGCGCGUACCCAGCUAGCGUUGGCCUCUGUUUUCGACGGUUUACUCUUCCAGAAGGAACGACCGUCUUUCUGGGGCCGUACCUGUAAAUAAGCGCGCCGCAGGGUAGGUGGAUUGGGGCUCGGUGUGCCGGCGCUUGGAACUGCCUGGACAUGAGUUUAGGAACCUGGUUCACAUGUUUUAGUGUUUUGUGAACAUUCAUGCGCAUUGUCAUCAGAGGGUUCUCUAUUUUUAUUUGAAUAAUAAAUGUUCUUUAGUUUGAAUCCUUUAAA